AUGUUGCUGUUGCUGAACUUUUUCUUACUAGUGACUUUCAGCAAGUAAGUUUUUCAGCAGAGAAUUUUUCUAACACUAUCUAGAAUUGUAGUGUUGCUGCAGUUCAACCAUCAUUUGGGAUAGAUCCGGUGAACAAAACAUUUUUGCUAGAUGGACAACCUUUUCAAUAUAUGGCAGGGGAAAUUCAUUAUUUCCGAAUUCCUCAUAAAAAAUGGGAUGAUCGGUUGAAAAGAGUUAGAUCUAUGGGAUUGAAUGCGAUCACAGUGCCGAUUCCUUGGAAUUUACAUCAAUUUGAAGAAGAUGAGUGAGUGAAUAGGACACCAAAAUUUUAAAAACACAAAUUACAGCGAGCCACAAUUCUCUGGAGAUAUGGAUCUUUCAAAAUUCAUAACUUUGGCACAAUCUAACAACCUCUAUGUUAUUCUAAGAAUCGGUAAACAUUCUCAUUUUCUCAAUUCAUUCCUCCCUCCACCAAUAUUAUUUCCAGGCCCCUUUAUUUCUGCUGAAUGGGAUAAUGGUGGUCUUCCUUGGUGGCUUCUUCGCAAAAAAACACUUCAAAAAUAUCGAUCAAAUGACACAGUUUUCAUUCAACAAGUCACUCAAUGGUGGGGACAUCUUUUGCCAAAAAUCUUUCCACAUAUGAGAAGAAAUAAUGGGCCAGUUAUUAUGGUUCAGGUAGAACAUUUAUAUGGGAGUCUUGGAAUUUGCGAUAAAGAUUAUCUGGAUCAAUUGGAAGCGUUGGCUAAACAUCAUCUUGGAAAUGAUGUGGUUUUAUUUACUAGUGAGUUUCGGAUUCUGAAAAAAAAAUUUUUUUUCUAUUUUCAAAAAUCUACUUUUAGCUGAUUACCCGGUAUUGCAAACCAUGGAUUGUGGAACUAGUAAAACAAUGUUUGCAACAGUUUCAAUCGAACCAGUUGAAAAUCCAGCGCAACUUGUUGCAUGGCAUAAUAUCCAACAAGCAUUUGCUCAAGGACCAUUUGUAGCUUCACAUUUUGUAAUCGGAAAGGCUAAACUAUGGGGAAUUAAUACAACGUUUCCAGCCACAGAUGAUGAAAUUGUGACAACUUCAAAAAUAGCCUAUAGUAUGAAUGGUAGUAUCAGUUAUUCAGUGAUUCAUGGAGGAACAAGUUUUGGUUUUUGGAGUGGAUCUGUUGGUCAAUAUCCGGUUGUAACUUCUCAUGAUAUGGGAGCACCGAUUAGUGAGAAUGGCGAUUUGACAACUCUUUUUAUGAAACUUCGAUUCUGGAUCAAUGGCUUGAGUGAUUGGGCAUAUCCACCAACGUCAAUUCCAAUAAAUAUCCCGUGAGUUGAAAUUUUUGAAUAUCUUUUUUUCAAAGUUGGAAAUGUUUCCAGAAAAACAAAAUAUCCAGACGUUGAAAUGAUGAUAUUCGAUAGUAUUCAAGGAUUCAUCCUUGGCAACGAUCCGGAAUGUUGGAUCAGCACUGAAACUCCAAGAACUGCAGAAUACAUUCGACACGGUUAUGGCUAUAUGUAUUACAAUGCAACAUUUCUAGACUGUGGAAAUUUGUAUAUCCCAAGUUUUGCCGAAGAUGCCUACAUUUACCUUAACAAAAACUUUAUUGGAACACUUUUCUCAAGAUUUGGAAACAUUCAUAAUAAUACAAUGCAAAUCACUGGAUGUUUAGAUCAACCAAAUUUGCUAGAAAUAAUGAUUGAUAUGGGUGGAAGAGAAAGCACAAUGUAUCCAAAUCCUUCAAGAGGAAUUAUGGGUGAUGUUUAUAUGAAUAAUGCGACUUUGCAAGGAUGGUACAGUUGUGAAGUUCCGAUUAUACCAUAUCAAUUGUCAAGAAUUGAAGAUGUUCAUAAAAUGAUUAGUUAUCCAAGGAAUCUCACAGCUAUUCGCGAAGGAGCUCUCAACCCAAAUGUAUAUAUCGGAAAUAUGCAUCUAAAAGUUCAACCAGUAGAUACUUAUAUUGAUACAACUGGCUGGGGUAAAGGUGUUAUUUCUAUAAAUCAAUAUACCAUCGGAAGAUAUUGGGGAUCAGUUGGACCACAGGUUAAUUAACUUUUUUCUAAUCAGAUUUCAAUACCAAAUUGGUGUUUUUCCAGAAAACGUUAUACAUUCCUGGCGAUUUCCUUGUCAAAGGCACAAAUUUGAUCAUGUUUUACGAAUUUGAAGGAGAAAGUGGAGCGUGUGGCACAGGCACUACUUGCAAUGCUAAAUUUUCAGAUACCCCAAUUUUCACAUGGUAG